AGGGAGAAGUGACAUCACAUCUCUCAGCCUGCCUCUCCCUCUCUCUCUCUGGCACCUUUGCUCCACUUCUCGCCGAGGAGGCGCACACACAGUUUCUCGCCGUCCGUCGUCGCUCGCAAAAAAAAAAGAAAAAGGGGCUGGACCACCACACCACACGGGAAAAGGAAAAAAAAACAAUUCAUGACAGGAUGAACAACAGUUUCCUAAACAUGGCGUCGAUAGGCGACUUCGACCCGCUCAACGCGUCUAUUCCGGCCACCAAAGUUGAAAUCACAGUGUCCUGCAGAAACCUGCUGGACAGGGACACCUUCUCCAAAUCAGACCCAAUUUGUGUUCUCUACACACAAGGCAUGGGCAACAAGGAGUGGAGAGAGUUUGGGAGAACAGAGGUGAUUGACAACACACUAAACCCAGACUUUGUGCGGAAAUUCAUUUUGGACUACUUCUUUGAAGAACGGCAGAACCUCCGAUUUGAUUUGUAUGAUGUUGACUCGAAGAGUGCCAACCUGUCAAAACACGAUUUUCUGGGCCAGGCCUACUUUACUCUGGGCGAGGUGGUUGGAUCGUUGGGCAGUCGCUCGGAAAAAGCUCUUGGAGGCAUUCAGGGGAAGAAAUGCGGGACCAUUAUCGUGAAAGCCGAGGAGCUGAACAACUGCCGGGAAUCCGUGAUGAUGCAGUUCUGCGGGAACAAGUUGGACAAAAAGGAUUUCUUCGGCAAAUCCGACCCCUUCCUCGUCUUCUAUAGGAGCAAUGAGGACGGCACGUUUACCAUCUGCCACAAGACAGAGGUGGUGAAGAAUACAUUGAACCCAGUGUGGCAGGCCUUUAAGAUCCCUGUUAGGGCUCUUUGCAAUGGUGAUUAUGACAGAACAAUCAAGGUCGAGGUGUACGACUGGGACAGAGACGGCAGUCAUGACUUUAUUGGAGAGUUCAGCACAAGCUACAGAGAACUAUCCAGAGGGCAGAGCCAGUUCAACGUUUAUGAGGUGGUAAAUCCAAAGAAGAAAGGAAAGAAGAAAAAAUACCUCAACUCUGGAACGGUAACGCUGCUGUCAUUCCUGGUGGACAUUGAAGUCACCUUCCUGGACUACAUCAAAGGAGGGACCCAGAUUAACUUUACCGUGGCCAUUGAUUUCACAGCUUCCAAUGGUAACCCGGCCCAGCCAACCUCACUCCACUACAUGAGUCCCUACCAGCUGAAUGCCUACGCAAUGGCCCUGAAGGCGGUAGGAGAAAUCAUCCAGGACUACGACAGCGAUAAGAUGUUUCCUGCACUAGGGUUCGGAGCCAAGCUGCCGCCUGAUGGACGGAUCUCCCACGAGUUUGCCUUGAAUGGGAACCCUCAGAACCCGUACUGUGCAGGUAUUGACGGUGUGAUGGAAGCCUACUACCAGAGUCUGAAGUCAGUUCAGCUCUACGGACCCACAAACUUCUCCCCUGUCAUCAACCAUGUGGCAAGGUAUGCAGCCUCAGUGAAGGACGGCUCCCAGUACUUUGUGCUCCUCAUCAUCACAGACGGUGUCAUCUCAGACAUGGCCCAGACCAAGGAGUCUAUUGUCAAUGCCUCCUGUCUGCCAAUGUCAAUCAUAAUCGUGGGGGUGGGACCUGCAGAAUUCGAUGCUAUGAUUGAGUUGGACGGCGAUGAGGUCAGAAUCUCAUCCAGAGGAAGAUAUGCUGAGAGGGACAUUGUUCAGUUUGUCCCGUUCAGGGACUACAUCGACCGGACAGGGAACCACAUCCUGAGCAUGGCCCGGCUCGCCAAAGACGUCUUGGCCGAGAUCCCCGACCAGUUCCUCUCCUACAUGAGGACCCGCGGGAUCAAGCCGUCGCCAGCGCCGCCUCCCUACACGCCACCGGGGCAACCCCUCCAAACCCAGAUAUGAGGAGCCGAGUGGAGAAAGGUUUCGGAGUCGGGGGUUAGCUGAACUUUACGCGUGAAAUACUUCCAUUUCCCUAAAGCCGCUCUCCAUGCCUCGUCGUCGUGGAUCACGGUGGUCUUUCUCGUGUUCAGGAAGCUGCAUGUCGGGCCAGGAGAGUGUCGCUUUUAAGGACAGGAAAAGCCAAUGAGAGUCUGUUUACUUCCACUGUCAAGCAUUCCUGUUACUGUCUGGAAUUUAUUUAUUUUUUUGACUGGGAAACCUGGUCGUGCUGUGAUGAGAGUCUGAAUUCAAGCUGGGAAGUAAAGAAGGAAGGAAGGAGAAAAUGAAGGACAGCUCUUGGGAAACACUGUAAAGAGAAUGUCUCCAGACAAAACAAAGGAAUCACUUGAUCUUAAAUGAACUUUUUUCUGUAAAUAACUGGACAUACUUCUUCUUUCUCUGUCUCUUUCUCACUAUCUCUCUCUCUCUCUCUCUAACUCACUCAUUGUUUACAGUAAACGCUAACAAGGAUUUUUACUGUUGAUACUUUUAUAUACACAUAGUUUCAAUAUGAAGCUUGUAAUAUUCUCUCUCUCUCUCUCUCUCUCUCUCUCUCUCUCUCUCUCUCUCUCUCUCCUGGCAUGUGCGUCAGGUAGCAGCAGUGCAGGUCCUGGUAGCCCUUCUGUACCGUACCGUGCUGUACCGUACCGUACUGUAUUCUGGUGUUUGUAUUAACCUUUUGCAUGAGUGUAGCCUCAGUCAAGUGCAUGCAUAUAGUGGCCCUGCACUACCUCUUCUACCCAUCCGUCUGUCUGUCCGUCUGUCCGUCUGUCUGUGGGGGUUUGAGUGUCUGUCUGCCUGUAUCUCCAUUUGUCACUUCACCCUGUCUGUCUGCACUGCUCUCAGGCCUGAGAAGUCUAUCUGUCUCCCUUGUGCAACCUUUCUUCCUCUCUUUCUCUCUCUCUCUCUUUCUUUUAUGCCUCUUUUACUAGCUGUGUUUCCAUCCGACUUCUCUUUUCUUGGUAAGGUGUAAAAGACACGCUGAACAGAAAAUGCAUAAUUUUCAUGCUCAUCAGAUAGAGGAAUGUUUUUAUCACAGUCAAUCAAUAGCAAAGGAAUUCUCUUUCCAUUCCUUGAAAUAAUUGGUUCAAACUAAUUCAUAUUUAAAAUGUAUAUUAUUUUAUUUUUUUAUUUUUAUAUAUUUUUCAUCUACCAUCGUCGAGGAGAUUUUAAUUUGCCCAGUACUUUGAUUAUGACCUGUAAAACUAAUGACAUUCCCAUCAACCUCAGCUGUACUUUGUGUUUAGUGCUAACCAGCAAACGUUAGCAUGCUAACACACUAAACUAGGAUGAUGAACAUGGUAAACGUUACACCUGCUAAACAUCAGCAUGUUAACAUUGUUAUUGUGAGCAUGUUAGCAUGCUGAUGUUAGCAUUUCUCUCUGUACAGCCUCAUGGAGUCUCUUACUCUUAAUACGACUCACAUUAGCAAACAUUUCAGAGAAAAUGAUUUUGUUUCUUACGUUUCCGAUGCCAAGAUGAUGAAGAUUGUGCAAUUUCUGUUUUCCAGCAUUUCAUAUUUUUGCAUUGAGUUUUUAUUUGACUUCUGAAUGGAAGCAUAGCUACUCUCUCUCUCUCUCUCUCUCUCUCUCUCUCUCUCUCUCUCUCUCUUGUCUCUGUUCUCCUACAAACUGCCUUGGCAAUAGGAUGCCCACGUGCCCAGGGGUUUCGUCUCAUCGUGUCGUCUUAACACCACUUCCCCGCCCCAUGUUUAAAGCGACAGCAGCUGCUCUCAAACUAAAUACUGUUUGAGCAUAAAGAGCCCAGUGGUCAAAAAUGCAGAGAAAAACACACUUUCCCUAUGUUGGCUUUUUGUUCCAUUUUAUUAUUUUUUUUGGUGUGUAUUUUUAUUGCACCGUUAGCUUUGAUAUAGCUUUUAUAUAUUUGUUUUUAUGAUGUGUAUUUCUACGUGCCAAUCAUGUGGAAAAAGACGAUUUAUGUGAUUCCUGUCUGCCACUUUUCCAAUUUAACAUCGAAGGAUAAUUUCCUAACGACGUCUAACUGAAUGAGAGUUCUGUUUGUUGCGAAUGCGGAAGGAUUGUUCAGUGUUGUGCUGAAAGUGUGUUUCUAUUAUGUGUGAGCAUGUUACAUGAGAAUGAGAUUGUGUGUUGUUGUAUGAAACAACUACGUCUUUUAAAACAACAUUCGAUGAAAUGUUUAAAAAGUCUUGGAGCAGGAAUAUUUUAACGAUUAUUGAACAGCACCAACAAUGUGAAAGGAUGUUUUAGCAUUGCAGUGAUGUUAAAGCUUACAGUAUUUUUGUUGUAUCAAAACAAAUUAGUCUUAAAUAUGGUCAUUUUGAGCAGACCAUCAUUUUUAACAGCCAUUUGUUUAUAAUGGGCCUGAUGUUUCCAGAUGUUACAGUCAAUUUGUACUCAACCAAACAGCAUCAAUAAGUGAACACAGAGCUGUUAUUGUAAUGGUCAAUAAUCAGUUUAAUCGGUUUAAUACACAAACAUUUAAAGUGUUCACAUUUUGAAAAUACAAAUGGUUACAUAAUCAUGUUACAACCUAUUAGUCAAACAUGUCUAAAUACUUCUAAAAAGAAGGUUAUUUAUAACUGAUAUUAUUCACACAGUUUGUUUUGAUUAUAUUACAUCGCUGCCUUGUGUAGUUGCUUCCCAUCUUUUUUUUUUCUCCCCCUCACAGUCCCUUCCUGUAUUGGAGCAGAGUGCUGAUACGGUUGGACUAACUGCAUGAGUGUGUGUUUGCAGUCACACUCCUGCAGCCACCCACUGCGUUCAAAGCGUAGCUGGACACAUCAUUAGGACUGCAGGUCAAAAUAAGGAGCUCAUUACUGCCUCAGCAGAUACACUGUAAAACCCACGUCCUCCAAACUGUUCCAGAUCCAACACCGGUAGGUCAGAGCUGAGGGUAUUAUGGCUUUUGUCAAUUGGAAAGGCAGAGAAGGGAUCUGUUUUGGGAGGUGGGGCUACCAGCUUGGAGUCAGCUUAACUGUUUGAUGUUAGUUAUUGGCGACAAUUUAGCUGGAAUUUCUUCUGAUGGAGACUAAUUUCUGUAUACAAAGAUAAAAGCAAGUCUUUAGCAGCAGCCACUGUGGACACAAGUGAAAUCUACAGGAUGAUGUUCAGUUACAACUUGAGUUCUAUUUUUGAUGCUCCGGCUAUGAUAAUAUUAUAGACAUCAAACUGAUUGCUACAUUUCUGUGUUACAGUCUUAAGUUUGCUAACAUUAGCUAAGAUUAGCCACUGUAAGCUACUGGUCAGUCCAGACCAAGCUGUACCCCACAGUGUAUUUUAUUGCUUAUGGAUUUACCUUUUCAUUUUUAAGAGGAAGAAUGUGUCCUUUCUUCUUCCAAAAGUUACAUCAUCUCAUUUUAAAGAUUCAAACAUAACCCAUCAGAAACAAUGUGACUUCCAUAUUGCUCCAAGCUAAUUCUUUAUGUUUUCUUGACAUUUAUUUAACUUGAUAAUUGGCUGGCCAGAGUCAAACCCAAGACUGAUGUACGCACGAUACAGACAGUCCGCAGGAUGCCCCCCUUUCAUGCCAUUUGAAUGGCUAACUACCUCCUGUUUCAAGUCAUGUGUUCUUCAGCAAAUUCUUUCAGGGUAGGAAAAUGCACCUCUUACUUCAUUUAACUGACAAAGCUUGUCGACUAGGAUAGGACACAUUAUGAAAGCAAAUAAAAGUCUGUAAGAAAGGCUGUGAAAUGUAAUCACUGCAGAAUACUGUUGUUAUUACCACUGAUUGUAGCAUUUAGAUAUUUAACAAUUGAUCAGAAUUGAUUUCUGAUCUUUGACAUUUUUUACGUAAACUUUAAAGUCUACUAAACUAAUUGGUCAUUUUGAUCUUAAAAAUUCAAAUCAGUUAAAAUCAAGUGAAAUUCAGAUACCAAAAUUCAAAUUUUAUUGUGCAGGUUACAAAACCUGGAAACUUGAAUUUUCUAUCUGAACUUUUGGAAUUUAAAUCACAUUCGUUUAGAUUGACAAGUUUCAAAUUAAAAUAUUUCAGUAAUAUAAAUUCAGUGGUAUUUCAGUUUCAGAACAUUUCUGCGGUUUCAAAAUGUAUUCAUAAGCUAAUAUUUUUUAACAUUAUUGUUAUUUUGGCCUUUCUUUGCUUCUGUACCCACAAACAAACACACACAUUAUUGCCAUAGUCAUCAGUGCCAGUUGUUGUUAUUAUCAUUAUAAUUAUUAUUUUUCCAUCCUUAUUCAUAUUGCAACAGCUCACCAACUUUGCCAAGCCCCAUAAAAAUGUGUGUAUGUGUGUGUCUGUGCGUGUGCAUGUGUUUGAUAUAAAUAUACUUUGCCUGUGUGCGAGUGUGUGUGCGUGCGUACCGGUGUGGCACCUUUAUAAGAGUGUUUUAAUAGACUAUGUGAGGUGUUGAGACACAUAAGAUCUUUGUUUACUAAAGCUAUCCAAAUAAUAUAUUGUAUGCUCGUCAUAUCUUCUUAACAACGUGCACUAUGUUUGCAUGUACAGUUUUACAAAGGAUGCACCAGUUCCUUUUGUUAAAAACUGAGUGUUUUGAAAUAUAAAAAUCUAUAUGAAAAUUAACUGUACAAAAUGGCCUUAAAUCUUUCACUGAUUUUCUUGGAAUUGUGCGAUGCCUUCUUCAGAAAAAUGAAUUGUUUAGAGGAAUUAAUCGUUAUCUAUUUUGUGUCAGUGUUUCUAUUGCUUUCUAGUGUAUUUUCUUUGCACAAGUUCAAUUAUUGAGAAAAAAAAACUUAUCUUGUACUUUUUUGAAACCGUGAUUAAUCAGAGAAAGCAUGGCUGAAGUACUGAUUGUCUGAUAAUACAUAUAAUAGAUGACUAUUUCUGUAUCGAACUAUGGAUUUUUAAAUAAAUAUUCAUAUUAAACACAA